AUGGCCAUCGCGGCGUUGGUGUCGUUCAACUCGGACCAUCGCCCCAGUCCCGAGAUGCUGUCGUUCCACGAGGACAUCCUCGACGCGGCCGCCAGGGCCUGGGACGCUGGCUACCACUGGAGCAUUUCUGUCUUUGCCAUUGCCCUGCGCGCCAUCAUUCGCGACGUCGCAGCCGAGCGCCGCCACAAAUUCGGCUCAACCCUCGACCUGGCCUACGUUGAGAAGGUCACGUGCGCCAUCCAGACCCGCUUCUUGGCUGUCGACCCGGCCCUCGGCGUCCCUAGCCCGGCCACCACAAGCACGCCGCCACCAACCUCGUCGGCCGUGCCCAGUGCCGCCGCUGCCCUUGCUGCUGCCGCUGCUGCCACUGCCGCCGCCGCCGCCACUCACGUCAGCCCCCAGCCGGCCCCCCACCUGUCCUAUCACCAUGAUGUCCAGGCCACUGCUGCCGCUGCCCUGGCCGCCAACCCGCUGUCGGCCCCGUCCAUCAACGUCAAGGCCAGCCCGAGCCCGAGCCCGGCCCUGUCGUCGUCGGUGCUUGUCCCUCCCGCCGUGCGUGUCAUCCAGCCGCCGCCGUCUCCCCACCAUGGACACACACCACCACUACCGGGCCCAGGCCAGCCGCAUCCUAACAAGCUACCGGCAAUCCAACCCCUACCCCCCAUCCAGGCCCGCCCGCACCUCCCGCAGCAACUACCAUCGCAGCAGCAACAGCAGCAGCAACAGCAGCAGCAACAGCAGCAAGCCAUCCUACCACUACCUCGGCCUCAUCGCCAGCCCUUGCCCCAGGGCCCUCCGUCACAGCAGCCCGCGGACCACGGCCAGGACCAGAGGGACCCCCCGGGCUCACCACCGGCAAAGCGCCGCCGGCCCCUCCCCACAGUCGGUGUUCACAGCUGGGCCGUGGCCAACGGCAACAGCAAUAGCAAUAGCAACAGCAACGCCGGCACCAGCAAAAGCACCUCGGCCUCACCUCCCAGGGCAACGACCUCGUCCGGAAACCUUGCCCCUCCUGAGGAGGAGACCAUCAGUGCCAAGCGCCGCCGCCGCCGCUCCGACCGUGGCGGCGACCCUGGUGCAUAUCGGAACGUUGGCGGAUACGGCGACGUCACCGCCAGCGGUUACGGCUAUGGCUACACGGGCACUGUCAAGUGCACCAUGCCGCCCUGCGAGUGGACUGCCGUCACCACCAGCAUGCGCAUGGGUCUUCGCCUGAACGACCACCUGCUGCGGAAGCAUGGCGUCGAGAAUAGCGCCAUCCGCCUCCGCCCCAGCUAUAUCCGCCGCAUGCCCCGCAGCCACGCGGCCGUGAGAGUUGUAAAGGAAAGAGGACCUUAUCGGUCCGCCCGCGAGGCCCUCAUCCGCAUCGCCGACAGCCUUUCUGCUUCAGUCAAGGACUGGCGCUGUCCCCCCUCCAUAGGCAAGCUGCGUGAAGAGCGCGCGCGCGAGGUCUUCCCUCACACCGACGAUGUCAAGUCAAUGUCGGGCAAAGACCUGCGCGAGGAGCUGGUCCGCAUGCGCACCGGAGACGGCAUGCAGAUCGCCGCCGCCGCCAUGGCCGCCGAGAACACCCGCCUCGGCGUCGCCAGCCACAAAGACUCUCCCCUCGAGGUCUGGACCCGCGAACAAUUUGUACCCUGGCAGGCCUCGGUCAAGGAGGUGGACCCGGCCGCCCUGGCGGCCUCGGAGAGCGCGCAGCUCGGGACCAAGUCCCCCGAGACCAUGAACCGCUGGCUCGAGAAUCACUUUAGGCCCUGGGAGUCCAAGGACGGCGGUGGCGAGGACGACGACGGCUCCACCAUCAUCGCUGCCGGCGCUCCUCCCCGCGACGACGACGAGGACGACGACAGCAAAGGCGAAGAUGAUGGGCCAAGUGACGAAGAUCUCAGUGAUGAUGAUGACGAGAAUGACGCGUAAAGUCGAAUCUCCUUGCAUAUAUAUGUUCGCCUAUGUGGUUUAGGUUCCCGAUCAUCUGCUUCUAACCUGUAACGUUUCGGUUUUUGCUUUAGUGCCUGAUAUUGGCGUUUCUAGGGGACAAUGUUUUUUUUCUUCUAUAUUUCUCAUCAUUUCCUAUCUCCUUGGGCAUACCAGCCUUGCUUGAUUUCCUCCCUUGUUGCUACCAUUACAGCCUGCUCAGCGCCCUUUAUCACAACGGCCUCUGUAAGCGUCUUUUUGCGUAGUAUAUACAUAUGGUUGAGCCUGGUGCACUUAUUGCGGGACUUACUGGCUCGCCCUCAAUGUCUUGUAUUCUGUGUUUGUUUGCCAUGGGCUCUUGUGUUGAUCAUUUUCUCCAUAAACUGCCACCUGCCUCGCGCUCCAUUACAGCGCUUCACAGUCGACGGUGGGGAAAUCGAUUUUUGGCCUCGACCACCAGAAGAAGAAGAAAACCCAGACAUAGCCGACGAGAUAGGUCCAUCGUGCGGGACGGACUAAUCGCCGCAGAGCCAGACAGACCAGAUCUUCAACAAUAAUCGCUCCCCCAACUGUGAGGCAGCGUCGGCCUCGUCAACACACUGGCCAGUCCAGGAAAAGGGACAAGACGGGGUGAAGAAGGAAACAAGAAUACAACUGACCCAGCAACCACCAGCGAAUGACGGGCCACGUAUCGCACCUAGGCCCUUGGGCCUUGAGGCAUAAAGCAUGCAUCAGAGCCAAGAGAGCAAAGACCAGGAUGCCGAUGACGGCGCGCUGCAUGGCUCGAUUCCGGAUACGCAAGACGUGGACCGCCAGCAACCUCGCGUGCGUGACGAAGGCAGUGCGGUGGAACUGCUGCCAAAACACACUGUUGAUAAGAUGCCAGACGGCCUCGUCAGCACCCCUAGGGUCCAAGAAGAGAGCCGUGGGGGGGAGGGAGGCUCGCUCUGCAGUCGGAUGAUGGGGAUUUCUCUGCCUCACCCCCAGUACCGCCGCAGCGUAUAGGCCUCGCGCACGUCGCCAAACAGCGGCCGCCACCGUGCGUGGUCGUGGCCCAGGACCCCGACGGCGCCCAGGGCGCAGAGCGAGUAGAUGGCCUGCCAGUCGGCGUAGGUCGGGAAGUUGAACUGCACGGCCAGCCAGGCACGCACGCCGGCCUCGCGCCACGCCACGGCCGGCGACGACGACGACGACGAUGACGACGACAGCAGCGCCCGCCGCAGGAUGCCCUCGCGCGCCGGGCCGUAGUUGUCCUCGACCGUCUGGUACCAGUAGGCCCCGUCGACCACGUCGAAGGCCCGCCUCGCCAACACGGCCAGCAGCAAGAUCGCCGCGUGCUCGGCCAGGAAGGCGCGGCGCGACGGCACGUAGGCGGCGUCGGAGCCGUCAAAGGGCGGCAGGCUGGCGUCGGACAUCUCGCCGCGGGGCGCGAACAGCACCUCGCGCGCGGCCCAGCACGCCUUCUUCUUCCACGUGCUGCUGCUGCCGCUGCCUCCUGCUGCGGCCACGUCGGGCGGCGGUGGGGCGCGGUCGGUGACGCAGAGGUGGCGGUUCGCGUACAGCACGGCCUCGAAGCCGAUGCAGACGCAGUAGCUCAAGAAGCCGAGCUCGGGCAGCGACGGGUCCACGAGCCUGUAGGCCGCGGCCACCAUCAGGACGCCCCAGUGCGCGUAGAUGGUGGCCAGGAGGAAGAAGGGGUGCCGCGCGAGCGAGGCCAUCGGGAGGGCCGCCAUGGCUUGCGAUGCGCGUGGGGGAUGAGUGUGAGUGAGUG